CUCGAGUCGAUAGAAACAUGUGCGACACCCAUCAUGAUGCCUCUUGCUUCCCGAUGUCUGCCAAGUCUGCCGCUGACCAUCAGCACUAAAACUUCCAGAUCCUUUACUUGUGGAUCACUUCAUGAUCGUCUACAGUUUUGGAGGUUUUGUUUGGCUCAAGUCGCAAUGGGUGUCCGCGACCAAGAGUGGACAUCAUCCUGUGGCGUUUUCCGUAUCUGGAACCCCUCAUCAACGAAGCCGAAUCUGACAGCUGGUGUUCCUGGCUCUGAGUAGAUAAAGGAGAGCUUAGGAGUCGACCUCUACGCAUGACCUCUGUCUAAGAGUGAAGACUCUGUCGAGUUACCGCGACCUUGAUUGAUUUGCUUUCCCUCUUGAAUCUUGUACCUUUACUGCUCAGUGAACAUGGCGUCGACAAAGAACAUGCCCAGGAUGGUCGAGCUGGCCGCUCAGAUCAGCACCGCCGUAUCUGAAAUGCAAGAACGCCUGACAGCUCAGGGCGCGCCAUCACCGUCUUGGGCCGAAGACAGUCCCGAGAGCCUUCCCCUUGACUUGUUCGAUCUCCGCGACGCUGUCAUUGACGCAAGUGCUGAACUCCAAGAGCUGCUGAUGGAGCCCAUGAUGCUCAUCUUCAAAUUCGCCUCCAUCUCCAAUCUCGCCAGCAUUGACGCCAUCAGCCGAUACCACAUCCCGGACAUGAUACCUCCCGGUGGCCAGAUUUCUUUUGAGGACAUUGCCGCCAAAACUGGCCUCCCGAAACGAGAGGUCAAACGCCUAGUCACAAACGCCAUUUCCAUGAGGAUCAUGACGAGUCCGGAGCCCGAAAUGGUGGCGCAUACGAGGAUCUCAAAGUUCUUGACGAUCCCGUACGUCAAUGCCUGGGUCAACUUUGAAAGCAAGGAUACCUGGCCAGCUACUACUAGGAUUGUGGACGCGAUGGAGAAAUGGCCGUCCUCCGAAGAUGUCAGCGAGACUGGCUUCGCUCUUGCCAACGGGAAGUCAGUUUUUGAGGUCCUUGCCACGGAUCCCCCGCGGGCGAUGCGCUUUGCCGGGGCAAUGCAGGCUUUAGAACAUGUCCCAGGCUACGCGCUGAGCGAUGUUGUCAAGGCAUACGACUGGAACUCCCUUGGGCACGCCUCUAUUGUCCAAGUUGGUGGACAAAGAGGUCAAACCGCCAUAAAAUUGGCCGAGAACUUCGAAAAUGUUAAAUUUCUCGUCCAGGACUCGGAGAUGAUCAUCCAAGGCGCGGAAUCCGAUGUCCCACCCAAACUGAAGGGGCGUGUUGAGUUCCAGGAACAUGGGCUCUUUGAACCUCAGACGGUAAAGGCAGAUGUGUAUUUCUUACGCAUGGUUCUCCGCAGUUGGAGUGACCAAAACGCUGUCAACGCGUUGAAGGCGCAGGUUCCCGUCCUCCGACCGGGUGUCAAGAUUCUCAUCCAGGAGGCUGUUAUGCCAGAGCCGGGGACCAUCCCAUUGUGGAAUGAGCGAGUCUGGAGAUCUGUGGACAUGAGUCUGAAGAACUUCUUCAACGGCCACGAAAGAUACCUGGACGAAUGGAAGACUCUACUCGCAGCAGCAGAUGAAAGAUUCGUCCUUCAUCGGGCACACAUGCCCGGGCAUACUGUGUUGGGGAUGUUAGAGGUUCACUGGGAUGUGUCUCGGGCCGUGGGAGCCUAAAGUGCAGUUGAUCAGAAUUCAUAUCAUGACUUGAAUCCACUUCUUUUAGGUGCCUUGGUUAUUAU